AAUUCAAUGUGUGCUAAGUCUCUCAGUCUCACAUUUUCUCUCUCCUCCCAGAAUGUCAAACUUAACAGUCAUGGCGUAGUAAUGGGUGGCAUAAACCCAGAAACUUGCAUUUUCAUAACCCCCUUAUACAAACUUCUUUCAUUUUUAUACUCUAACUUCUCUCUUUCCCAGAUCGAAUCUCAAUCCCAUCUUUAAAAUUACCUCUUUUUAACCUCAAUCAAGGAAUAUACUCCCAUUAAAACUUCAACUCAAAUCCAAAACCUUUAACACCCAAGUAAUCUUUGUACUUAUUGUCUUCCUCGACUGAAAAAUCCUCCUUUUUUCAGUUAAAAUUGUUUCUGGGUUGUGUCAAAUUAAGCCUUUUGAGGUAAAAAAAUGGCUGUUCCUGUAGUAAGAUUUCCAAUUUACCUGGUGAUUAGGUUGAUUGGAUUCACUGUUGCUGCUCUUGUUUUCACUUGGACUCUUCAUUAUAGAGGUGGUCUUGCUCUCAUUUCAGAAAAUAAAGAUCUCAUCUUUAAUCUCAACCUUUUAAGUGUCCUGGAUCUUCUCCUACAAGGAUUUGUCUUUUGGAUUCAUCCUGUUUUGAUGGUCAUUAGCCUUGUACUCAUUAAUGGAGAAGCCAUGCUAGCAUACAAAACUGUUCCAGGAACAAAAGCCUUCAAAAAAUUGGUCCAUCUCGUCUUACAGUUCCUGGCAUUUUGCUUAGCUAUUAUCGGUGUAUGGGCUGCUUGGAAGUUCCAUAAUGAUAAGGGCAUCGACAACUUCUACAGUCUCCAUUCAUGGCUUGGUCUCGCUUGCCUUUUCCUGUUUACUCUCCAGUGGGCUGGUGGCUUUACAACAUUCUGGUACCCGGGUGGCUCACGGAACAACAGAUCUUCCCUGCUUCCAUGGCAUGUUUUCUUUGGUGUCUAUAUCUAUGCUCUUGCUAUUGUUACAACUGUGACUGGUAUCUUAGAAAAAGCUACAUUCCUGCAAACCAACCACGUUAUUUCCCGCUAUUCCACUGAAGCUUUGCUGGUUAAUUCUAUGGGUAUCUUGAUAGUAGUCCUUGGAGGUUUCGUUAUUCUAGCUCUUGUUGCACCCUUGAAUGGCAAAGGUGAAAUUCCUCGUUCCGCAGAGUAGCUUUGAUUAUGAUAUUGGCUAAAUGGAGCUUCAUCUUCUGAUGCCAUGAACAUAUAACACUACAUUGAUAUUACAUGAUAUUUCAUAUGAGUUACAUUUGUUAACCAUUGCUUUAAACAUGGGAUGAAAGAUUACAAUGCUUGAGAUAUUAUAGGUUUCUAAAAGGUAUUAGUUGUAGAUUGAAUUGGUUCAAAGUAAUUGGUACUAUGUAUCUAAGAUAUUAUAGGUAUAUUCAUAUCUAAUUCAGGCUUUUAAGUGA